AUGCUUGUUGACCCCAAAAGUUUGGAAGAGUUGGAGAAGAUUGGAGGUGUAAAGGGAUUAUUGGAUGGAUUGGGGAUUGAUGCUCAGAAAGGUUUAUCCGGAGGGUUGGCAGAAGCUCAAGCUGUUGAACAAGGAGGAGAAAGUAGGACUGAUGGAGGGAAUAUGGAUCAUAGGGGUCCUCAAUGGAGUGCGAGUUUGGAAAAACGAAGAGAAAUUUAUGGAAGGAAUGAUUUACCACCGAGGAAAAGUAAGAGUUUAUGGUUACUCAUGUGGUUGGCAUUCAAGGAUAAAGUUUUGAUCCUCCUUACCAUCGCAGCCGUCGUAUCCCUCGCUCUUGGACUGUAUCAAGACCUUGGUGUACCAGCCGAAUUAGCCUACACUGCCGAUUGUCCCCAAGGAUGUCCUCAGCCGAAAGUCGAUUGGGUAGAAGGUGUAGCCAUCGUCGUAGCCAUAGUCAUCGUCGUUCUCGUUGGGUCGAUAAACGAUUGGCAAAAAGAACGUCAAUUCAAAAAGUUGAAUGAAAAACGUGAAGAUCGUGUUGUCAAAGCUAUUCGUGACGGUCGAGAAGUAGUCAUAAACGUUAAAGAUGUAGUCGUAGGUGAUAUACUCUUGUUAGAACCAGGAGAGAUCGUACCUGUCGAUGGAGUCUUUUUAAGGGGACAUAAUGUCCGAUGCGACGAAAGUGGAGCUACAGGAGAAUCAGAUGCUAUAAGGAAAUUCUCAUAUGACGAAUGUAUACAAGAACGUGAUGGAUUAAAAGAAGGACAGAAGGCUAAGAAAGAUUGUUUCUUAGUCAGUGGAGCUAAAGUUCUGGAAGGUGUAGGUGAAUAUGUGGUGAUUUCGGUUGGUAUAUCGAGUUUUAAUGGAAGGAUCAUGAUGUCUAUGAGGACAGACUCGGAGAAUACUCCUUUGCAAUUGAAGUUGAAUAAUUUGGCGGAAUUGAUUGCCAAGGCCGGUGGAGGAGCGGGAUUGUUACUUUUCAUUGCCCUCAUGAUACGGUUUUUCGUUCAGUUAUCGACUGAUCCUGAUCGAUCUUCCAAUGACAAAGCCCAAUCCUUUGUUCAAAUCCUCAUCAUAGCAGUCACCCUCGUCGUCGUCGCCGUUCCAGAAGGUUUACCUCUUGCCGUUACUCUCGCCCUUGCCUUUGCCACAAAACGUAUGACCAAACAAAACCUUCUUGUCCGUGUUCUCGGAUCUUGCGAGACGAUGGGUCACGCUACUGUCGUCUGCACGGACAAAACUGGUACUCUAACACAAAACGUCAUGUCUGUCGUCGCUGGUUCCCUCGGAGUUCACGGUAAAUUCGUUCGUAAUCUUUCCGACAACGCCUCACGAUCCAAUGCCAACGAAUCUGAUUUACCCAUCCGAGAAGAUUUUUCCUUCGACAUGGCUGAUUUCAACACUGUCGCUUCUCCACAAUUACAGACAACACUCAACGAAGCGAUCUGCAUCAAUUCUACAGCUUUUGAAGAUAAAGACGAAGAUGGUAAACUCGAUUUCGUGGGUAGUAAAACGGAAACUGCAUUAUUACGUUUUGCCAAAGAAUUGGGUUGGGCGGAUUAUCGAAAAACUCGAGAUGAUGCUGAAAUCGUACAAAUGAUACCUUUCAGUUCCGAACUCAAAGCUAUGGGUGUUGUUAUCAAACAGGAUGAUCAUUGGAGAUUAUAUAUCAAAGGUGCUUCUGAAAUCUUGAUCAAACAAACAACAUCUCAUAUAGUCGUUUCUGAUUCUUCACCUGAUCAUUCACCAAAACCAGAUCAACCAAUAUCUACCAUACAAUUCACCCCUGAUACAAUAUCAAAUAUCAACAAAACUAUAAUUUUUUACGCUUCUCAAUCUCUUCGAACAUUAGCAUUAUGUUAUCGAGAUUUCCCUUGUUGGCCACCUCCAAAUUCUCCCGAUAGUCCAACAGAUGAAGUCCCAUAUUCCCUCUUAGCUAGAGACUUGACAUUAUUAGCUAUAACAGGUAUAGAAGAUCCUCUUCGAUCUGGUGUACGUGAAGCGGUUCAACAAUGUCAACAUGCAGGAGUAGCGAUCAAAAUGUGUACAGGUGAUAAUGUUCUCACUGCUAGAAGUAUAGCCAAUCAAUGUGGAAUUUUCACUCCGGGUGGAAUGAUAAUGGAAGGACCUGUAUUUAGAAGAUUAUCAGAUACGGAAAGAUUAGAAGUAGUACCUAGAUUACAAAUUUUAGCAAGAUCAAGUCCUGAUGAUAAAAGAUUGUUAGUACAAACUUUGAAGAAUAUGGGUGAAGUUGUUGGUGUUACGGGUGAUGGCACGAAUGAUGGUCCGGCUCUGAAAUUAGCAAAUGUUGGUUUUGCUAUGGGUAUAGCAGGGACAGAAGUCGCUAAAGAAGCUUCGGAUAUUAUUUUAAUGGAUGAUUCUUUUUCGAAUGUUGUUUUGGCUAUUAUGUGGGGGAGAUGUGUAAAUGAUUCGGUGAAAAAGUUUUUACAGUUUCAGAUUUCAGUCAACAUCACAGCAGUAGUCAUAACUUUCGUUUCCGCAGUAGCAUCAAAUUCCGAAACUUCCGUCCUCACAGCCGUCCAAUUAUUAUGGGUUAAUCUCAUAAUGGACACUUUCGCGGCUUUAGCAUUAGCUACAGAUCCAGCUACAGUAACUUCAUUAGAUCGUGCACCCGAUAAGAAAUCUGCACCUUUGGUCAAUAUCGCUAUGCUCAAGAUGAUCGUCGUUCAAGCUACUUAUCAAAUCAUCGUUUGUUUGGUAUUACAUUUUGCUGGAAGAUCAAUUUUGAAAAUGGAUGAUUCACCGGGGAACGAUUCUCUGUUGAGUACUUUGGUAUUUAAUUGUUUUGUCUUUUGUCAGAUCUUCAACCAGCUUAAUUGUCGAAGAUUGGAUAGAAAGUUCAAUAUCCUCGAAGGUUUUUUUAGGAAUUAUUGGUUCAUGGGAAUAUUCCUUAUCAUGAUCGGUGGUCAAAUCCUCAUAGUUGAAGUCGGUGGUGCAGCAUUCACCGUAACACGAUUACACGGUCGAGAAUGGGGUAUAUCAUUAAUCAUAGGAUUACUUUCUUUACCUAUAGGAGCUUUGGUCAGAUUGAUACCUGACGAACCUGUCGAAAGAAUUUUGGUAAAAUAUAAACUUUACCCCGAUAGGAACAAACUUCCUACGACUUCACCUUUGGCAGAAGAAGAGAAAUACGAAUAUAACCCUGCUUUAAGUAGAGUAAAGGAUAAUCUCAGCACUUAUGCUAAUAUUCGCGGAGGAAGAUUGAGGGCUUCUUCUAUCGUUGCGAAAAGUAGAUCGGCACAGAUGAGAGAUGCGGAUAUUACUUUACCUAGUUUGUUAACUAUGGUACCUACUUUGAUUGGAGGUGCAGUCGGCGCCGGCGCACAUUGGCUACACGCUUCCCGUGCAGGUCUCUCAGAUCCCGCUCAAGAUCCAUCCCGAUCAGCCGCGGAACUCUUUGCUGGAAAGGUACAAUUACAUCCCGAUACAGAUCCCAACGAUCCGUUGUACGAUCGUUUUGCCAUUCAACGGGAACAUACUCGGACGCCCAGUGGGACUCACCUGACGGUUUAG